AGGUUAGUCGAUCAGGAGAAGAAUGGAUCCAGUUUGAGCAUCUUGACUGAUAAGACCCUGUCCAGUUGCUGAGGGUGAUCCUGUAACCAUGGCGACCUGCGGGCGUGGCUGUGUCCCGGCAGUGCGUUUCUGCCAGAGGCUGAACCGACUGAAGACCCUGGAUGAUGACUUAAUGGUGACGUCAAUGAAGCGCUGCCUGACCAUGGUGGACCUGGCCCUGCUGGGUGUUGGGGGCAUGGUGGGCUCUGGCCUCUACGUCCUGACUGGCACUGUGGCCAAGGACACCGCCGGACCUGCCGUGGUCCUCUCCUUCCUCAUAGCAGGCAUCGCCUCCCUGAUGGCCGCCCUCUGCUAUGCAGAGUUCGGAGCUCGCGUUCCCAGAACGGGCUCGGCCUACAUGUUCACCUAUGUUUCUUGUGGAGAGAUCUGGGCCUUUCUCAUUGGCUGGAACGUAGUGUUGGAGUACAUGAUUGGUGGGGCUGCUGUGGCGCGGGCAUGGAGUGGUUACUUGGACUCCAUGUUUAACCACACCAUCCAGAACUACACAGAGAACCACAUAAUGAAGUGGAAUGUUCCCUAUAUCGCCCACUACCCUGACCUGCUGGCCGCCGGGAUUCUAGUUGUUGCCACCAUCUUCAUAACCUUCGGAGUGCGAGUCUCCUCUUGGCUCAACCACAUCUUCUCCGCCGUUAGCCUGCUUGUCAUACUCUUCAUCUUGGUGUUUGGCUUCAUGCUGGCCGACCCAGUCAACUGGAGCCAGAAGGAAGGAGGUUUUGCACCGUUCGGUGUCAAUGGGGUGAUGGCGGGCACAGCCACCUGCUUUUACGCAUUUGUUGGCUUCGAUGUGAUUGCAGCUUCCAGCGAGGAGGCAAAGAACCCCCAGCGAGCCAUUCCCAUGGCCACAGCCAUUUCCCUGGGCAUGGCAGCCACAGCCUAUAUCCUGGUCUCCAUUGUCCUCACUCUCAUGGUGCCUUGGCACUCGCUUGACCCCAACUCAGCCCUGUCUGAUGCCUUCUUCCGCCGAGGCUACAGCUGGGCUGGCUACAUUGUGGCAAUAGGGUCCAUCUGUGGUAAGUGUCUCUUGAAAGACUGUUGCCACACCAAUGUUAGCCUCGCAAGCCGCCUGAUAUCGCAAGCUUACAUUAAUGGUUUGCUACCACGGAAUCAUGAUAGCACAGCGGUAAUCAGUCUGGUAAUUACGAGGCUACACCAAUGUAUCAUGUCAUUAAUUUUAUUUUGGUUAGUUGAUGAUAUAAGUGAUUGAAGGGCAAAUGUGUAUGACUUUUAUUUAUUUUGACUUCAUACAGUAGCGGUCUUGCACUGAUAAUAAUGUGACUCUCUGUCCAUCCCCUCUUCCAGCCAUGAACACAGUGCUCCUCAGCAACCUCUUCUCCCUCCCUCGGAUUGUUUACGCUAUGGCGGAAGAUGGCCUCUUCUUCUCCUUCUUCGCCAAGGUCAACCCUGUCACCAAGGUCCCUAUGAAUGCCAUCUUGGUAUUUGGCCUCCUCAUGGCCAUCAUGGCCCUCAUCUUUGACCUGGAGGCCCUGGUCCAGUUCCUGUCCAUCGGCACCCUCCUGGCCUACACCUUUGUGGCAGCCAGUGUCAUCGUGCUGCGCUUCCAGCCUGAGAAGGAGAAGACCAGUUCCAAGGCUAACUCCACUACCUCCCCCAACCCCAACUCUAACCCUGAGCCCUCGCCUGAAGCCUCAGAGUCUCAGAUCAUAUCUCAGGACAGCGGGGAGCUGAAGGAGUACGAAUCCUUCUCAGACAAGUUGCAGCUGGUGGAGAUGCAGAAGACCAGGGAACGGAGUGCCCCAGGGGUGUUGAAGGCCCGCUGGGAGCCCUACCUGGGCAGGGUGCUGGGGGACUUUGAGCCGGGGGAGGUGGUGGCCUUCUCUGUGCUGGCGGUGAUGGUGAGCUCUGUGUCCCUCUGUGCCGUGUUUGUGUUUGGGAGUAACCAGCUCCAGCUGCCUACGUGGAGCUUCGCCCUGCUAAUAGUGGUGUUUGGCUCAACCUUCCUCCUCAGCCUGGUCGUCAUAUAUGCCCAUGAACCUCAUAUCAACACCAAAACCUUCCAGGUGAGCCAAACAGAUUCUCACUUUUGCAUUUUAUGUCUGCUCAUAUGCCCAAAGUUUACAUGCAAAGCAGUUCACAACUUUGUUGACUUUCCCUUGUAUAGAAUAGUGUAAGCCCACUCAUAAAGUUAGGGAAGCAGAACUAAACCCUCUCCUUAGAGUUAUUAGCUGUAUAAUGUUGUCUGCCUUUUAUAUUUCACUAAGUCCUUAUGUAGCUAUGAUAAACUGAUACUACUCUUUAUGAGUUUUAGGUCUCUCACAGACUAAUUGUAGCUGUUGAUACACCUCAGGUGAGAUAAACCCUGCUCAGUCUGAUUAGAGCCCAGACUGACUAGAGCCCAGAAGACAGGGACUCAGGGAGCCACAUUAUCAGCCAGCUCUUAGACUGAGUCCCAGCAGACACUCACUCUCCUCAUAUAAAAGAAAAGCUGUUUCUGUGACUGAUAUCUGAGAGGCAGACAUUUCUGUGAGCUCAAGCAGGACCCACGUACCCCCUGGCACCAACCCAUUAUGACAUUUUGUCACGAAGACCUAUUAAUUCUGCUGAAUUAUAUUAAGUGAACCAAGCUCUAUUAAUCUUUUAGUCAAGACUAGUGGUCUUUUUGGCUCUCCAGCUUCCUUUUUGUCAAUGACAAACACUUAUCGAAUUGAGGAAGGCUAUGAUUAUUUGACACAUUUUAAUGUAUGUCAGAAUGGUUGUUUGCUAUUGUAAUUUUUCUAGGUACCCUUGGUCCCAUUCAUUCCCGCUGCAAGCAUCCUCAUGAAUGUGUUCCUAAUGCUGAAGCUCAGCCCUAUGACCUGGAUCCGCUUUACUGUAUGGGUGACUGCAGGUAAGAUUACGUCCGCUAAUGGCACAAAUAUGUGUUGUGUAAAGACCAUGUGCUAUGUAGCACAGACGGGCCUUGUAAGCCAAACAUCAUGUCAGGCAGAACUGAAAUGGUUGCAUUCAGUGGUUGAAAUACUGUGCCUUUUAACCUAAAUGAUCGACAAAUAUUGAUUGAUGAUAAAUAGCAGGAUACGAAACAGGGUUUUAUACCUACAGGGUUUUGUACAUAGUACAUGUUUGUAUUAAAACAUCUGCAGGUUCAGGGCCUCCCGAGUGGCACAGCGGUCACUACAGACCUGGGUUCGAUCCCUGGCUGUAUCAAAAAGGGGGUAAAAAAAAAAAGAAAAAUACAUCUGCAGGUUUCUUGAGGGUAAACCCACCAAGUAAACCUAUGGCAGGACAGUUUGUUUUCUAGCCAGCACCUGCUGCAGUGAGAAGGUAUUAAUUGGCUGUAGAGGUUGCUGUCAUCAAAGAGGAUCAUCAAGGAAAUAUGAGUGGCUAUAUGGGCUCAGAGAUCUUCUGGACCAUGUAAACCAUUUAAACACACCUGUCUGCCUACAGAGAGUUCACUGGCUUCACAGGGAAUAUUGGACAUGACAGGGGCUUGGGCUAAGCCAUGUCUAAGUAAUCAUUUCCCUGGUGAAAGUUAUGUGACUAUAACACACAGCUGGGAUGGGCCAAGAUGUAUCUAUAGGCUGUGGUGACUGUUGACCACCACCAUAUUCCUGCUAUAGCUGUAUGUUCUCAACAGUGUUGCACAUACAGUAUGAUAACAAUAACAACAUGUCUGUGUGAUUCUGAUUAUGUAAGCAUACAGUGGGGAAAAAAAGUAUUUAGUCAGCCACCAAUUGUGCAAGUUCUCCCACUUAAAAAGAUGAGAGAGGCCUUUAAUUUUCAUCAUAGGUACACGUCAACUAUGACAGACAAAUUGAGAAAAAGAAAUCCAGAAAAUCACAUUGUAGGAUUUUUUAUGAAUUUAUUUGCAAAUUAUGGUGGAAAAUAAGUAUUUGGUCACCUACAAACAAGCAAGAUUUCUGGCUCUCACAGACCUGUAACUUCUUCUUUAAGAGGCUCCUCUGUCCUCCACUCGUUACCUGUAUUAAUGGCACCUGUUUGAACUUGUUAUCAGUAUAAAAGACACCUGUCCACAACCUCAAACAGUCACACUCCAAACUCCACUAUGGCCAAGACCAAAGAGCUGUCAAAGGACACCAGAAACAAAAUUGUAGACCUGCACCAGGCUGGGAAGACUGAAUCUGCAAUAGGUAAGCAGCUUGGUUUGAAGAAAUCAACUGUGGGAGCAAUUAUUAGGAAAUGGAAGACAUACAAGACCACUGAUAAUCUCCCUCGAUCUGGGGCUCCACGCAAGAUCUCACCCCGUGGGGUCAAAAUGAUCACAAGAACGGUGUGCAAAAAUCCCAGAACCACACGGGGGGACCUAGUGAAUGACCUGCAGAGAGCUGGGACCAAAGUAACAAAGCCUACCAUCAGUAACACACUACGCCGCCAGGGACUCAAAUCCUGCAGUGCCAGACGUGUCCCCCUGCUUAAGCCAGUACAUGUCCAGGCCCGUCUGAAGAUUGCUAGAGUGCAUUUGGAUGAUCCAGAAGAGGAUUGGGAGAAUGUCAUAUGGUCAGAUGAAACCAAAAUAUAACUUUUUGGUUAAAACUCAACUCGUCGUGUUUGGAGGACAAAGAAUGCUUAGUUGCAUCCAAAGAACACCAUACCUACUGUGAAGCAUGGGGGUGGAAACAUCAUGCUUUGGGGCUGUUUUUCUGCAAAGGGACCAGGACGACUGAUCCGUGUAAAGGAAAGAAUGAAUGGGGCCAUGUAUCAUGAGAUUUUGAGUGAAAACCUUCUUCCAUCAGCAAGGGCAUUGAAGAUGAAACGUGGCUGGGUCUUUCAGCAUGACAAUGAUCCCAAACACACCGCCCGGGCAACGAAGGAGUGGCUUCGUAAGAAGCAUUUCAAGGUCCUGGAGUGGCCUAGCCAGUCUCCAGAUCUCAACCCCAUAGAAAAUCUUUGGAGGGAGUUGAAAGUCCGUGUUGCCCAGCGACAGCCCCAAAACAUCACAGUACUAGAGGAGAUCUGCAUGGAGGAAUGGGCCAAAAUACCAGCAACAGUGUGUGAAAACCUUGUGAAGACUUACAGAAAACGUUUGACCUGUGUCAUUGCCAACAAAGGGUAUAUAACAAAGUAUUGAGAAACUUUUGUUAUUGACCAAAUACUUAUUUUCCACCAUAAUUUGCAAAUAAAUUCAUUAAAAAUCCUACAAUGUGAUUUUCUGGAUUUAUUUUUCUCAAUUUGUCUGUCAUAGUUGACGUGUACCUAUGAUGAAAAUUACAGGCCUCUCUCAUCUUUUUAAGUGGGAGAACUUGCACAAUUGGUGGCUGACUAAAUACUUUUUUCCCCACUGUAUGUUUGAGACCUAACAGUAUGUGUUGCACCUCUCCAGGUCUGCUCGUGUAUUUUGGCUAUGGGAUCUGGCACAGUAAGGAGGGCCUGAGGGAGCUGCAGCCCAAGGAUAUGGCAGCCAGGUAUGUGGUGCUCCCCAGUGGCAGCCUGGUAGAGACAGUCCAGUCUGUGCAGCCGAACGGACAGCGGGACGCCAGCACCCUACACACCACCCCCUCCCCGUCUGCUGAAGAGCAGCAGGCAAAGAGAUGA